AUACCAUAUAUUCAUUCCUUAUCGCAUAUCGCGAACUACAGGAAGCCUAAAACCUCGCAUCCAAACAACAAAUCAAAGACCGUUGGUGUAUCGGCAAAGACCAAAAUGUCUGUUUCAAAUAACCCGGAGCCCAGUGUAUACAACUUUACGCAGUGGCCUUCAAUACCUUCAAUGCCGUCAGCGAGUGUAGGGCUAGCUCCCCAAGUAGCUAUGGGUGCGCUUGUUGGGCUCGCGUUCCUUAUUGUGGUGAUACUCAUUGCGGCGUAUGCGUCUAGGAUACGGGACAAUCCGGUGAAGGUCAGGGAGAGGCUUCUGAAAAAGCGCCUCCGGCAACUAGACCGUGCAGCUCGACCAGAACUGUUCGAAGACUGGUAUAAGCAUGAACGAAAAAGCCACCCGGAGCUUUCGAAAGUUGACCUGGAAGAUCAAGUCUGUGUCAUCUGUCUUGAACCGAUUGAGAGCUCGCAGUUGAUCCGAGCCUUGAGCUGCCGACACCUCUAUCAUAGGGCGUGUUUUGACCACUGGUUCAAAGGAUUUCAUGACUUCUGCCCUUUGUGCCAUCGAAACGUCUUGCCGUGGUUGAAAACGAACGGAGAAAGCAGCACCGCAACAAGGAGAGCUACUUCACACGAGGGGCGACGAACUAGUCCCGCUGGAUCGACAAUAGACAAUGCGGCUGGGCCAACGGGACACAUUUCCCCUGUAUCGAUAGGUCACGAUGCACCUCAAUCGAUAAGCCACGACAGGUCUGGAUCGAUAUAUCACGGUGCACCUCAGUCGAUAGGUCACGAUGCGCUGGAAUCGACAGGGCAUAUCCUGAGCCGGAGUUCACUGAGCCGGAUAUUGCGCCUAGUCGGAUGGUCCAGAGUUCUACACCACACAACGGGUAGCCACGGAUGAAGCCUUGGUAGGAUGCCAUCAAGACGAUGCAAAGUCUUCAGAGAAUCGCACAGAAGGCGACGAUCUCUUUGAGACUUGCUCUCCUGAACACUCCUGUUGCUGGCACUCACCAAUGAGCGCGUUGUAGUCUGGCAGCGAGCCAAUUAGGAUCCGCAGCCGCACAGUACCCAGUGUAUCUGCCGCAGGAGUUUGCCGUGGUUUAGAAAGAUGCAGGUU